CCAUGCUUGUUCUUGUUCUGAGGCAACGGCAACAUACUUCCAAGAUUUUUAGGUCACCUAUGUUGGUACUAGAUUUAACUUAAAGUUACGUCAAGUAAAACCAAACUCUAUUCAACGGCAUUAAGAUUUUUAAUCAUUCUUCGAAAACUGUAACUCGUACAUCAUCACACAAAAUGUUCUAAGUGUCCACCCUGUAUUCUUUGACGAACGAUAAUGAUCAAUGGUUUAUUCGUCAUAAAUGGAAUAAUAAAUUAUUGCCUAAAUGGACUUUGAAUGUUUGCAAUGUAAUUAAGUACCUACACGAUAUUUUCAUACCCACAUAUUGAAUAUAGAUAGGGAUUCUAUCGUUUCUUCUUCACUGUCAUAUUAACGUACACUGUUCGGUGCAUUUAUUCUAAAUAAUACGACUAAUUCUUCAAAAUGAACGAUUAUCUUGUUGCUUUUACCAAGUAUCUCAAACAUGUUGGUUUACCGUUAGCGGUGGGAAUCGUGGUCUGGAAGUUAAGUUCUUGUUUAUCUCGCCGGAAACGUCGGGAUGCUUUGCAAGGAAAGGUUGUUGUAAUCACUGGCGCAAGCUCAGGAAUAGGCGAGGCCCUGGCGCACGCGUUCUACGAACAGGGAAGCAAAGUUGUUCUUGCAUCUCGGCGAAUAUCUGAAUUGGAGAGAGUAAAACAAGAACUUGUAGCCAAGACUAUUGUUGAACCAACACUUGAACCAGUUGUUUUACCAUUAGACCUUGCUGACUUUGACCAGAUUGAGCCCUUUGUGCAAAAGGUCUAUGAACUCUGUGGUGACAUUCAUAUUCUUAUUAAUAAUGGUGGUGUGUCACACAGGGGUUCCAUAUUGCACACAAAGACUGAAGUUCACAAACAAAUUAUGUCUAUUAACUAUUUUGGGGCAGUGGCUUUGACAUCAGCGGUGUUACCUAAAAUGGUGAUAAACAAGUCUGGUCAUAUUGCAUUUAUCAGCUCUGUCCAAGGACUUAUUGCUAUUCCGGAUCGAUCAGCAUAUGCUGCUAGUAAACAUGCCAUGCAAGCAUUUGGUGACUGCUUGCGUGCUGAGAUGCACCAACAUAAUAUUAAUGUGACAAUGAUCAGUCCAGGAUAUGUUAGGACUGCUGUAUCUUUAAAUGCAUUUACUGGAUCUGGGGAAGCUCAUGCAGUGAUGGAUCCGAGCACUGAUGCAGGAUUUACUCCAGAAUACACUGCAAGUAGAAUACUAGACUCUAUUGUCAGUAAACAGAAUGAGCUGAUAGUUAGCCAGUUUAUGCCUCGAUUUGCUAUAUUUUUGAGACAUACCAUGCCAGCAAUAUACUUUAGAAUUAUGGCAAAGAGGACAAAUAGAACUUAGAAUACAAGGAGAAAUUAUUUAUCACUUUUGCUACCACUUUUGCUAUCAUAAGAAAUGGGGAUCUGUAACCUGAUAUGUCACUCUAUAACAAAAGGGAUAUAACCACUAAAUUACGCUAUGUUAUUACAUAAAAGCCUUAUUAAAGGCACUUUAAAAUCUUCACAAAUAUAUAUUUGCCUAUAUCCUCAGGUUUUCAAACAAUCUCCGUACUAAAUUUCAUCAACAUCUAUUGGGUAGUUUUUGAGUUUUUGAGUUCAGACUGGCAGACAGAUGUGGCGGGGGACUUUAUUCUACAAUAUACUUUUAGAACUUUUUAAGUGGAACAAUUAAGUUAUACAUUAUAGUUGCGUAAUUUUAACCGCUAACGCAGCGCACGCAACUGAAGCUCUGAAAAGGAAUAUUUUUUUUCUUAUUUUUGCAACAUUUUUCAUUGAUUUUUCGCUUCUUAUAGCCUUCCUCGACAAAUGGACUAUCCAACACUAGAGAAUUUUUCAAUUUGAACCAGUAGUUCCUGAGAUUAACGCAUUUAAACAAACAAACUUCAGCUUUAUAAUUUAAUAGUAUAGAUUUGCGGCUCCGCCCGCGUGAGUUUUUCAGGGAUAAAAGUAACCGUUAGCACUAGGGAGUAAUCUGCUUUCGAUUAGUAAAAAA